AUGGGGCGGUUGCGUCUCAUUCCACUUAAUUUCAACAAUAAAUUGGAAACAGGUCAGCAAAAACUGGAAGCAACGUUGUCCUCACAUGGCAAUUUGGUGGAGCACACAGACGCGCCAGUUGAAGUGGCAUCAACAUCGGAUGAGAGGGAAGUGCACCACAGAGCACUAAGCCUGCCCGGAAGUGGAACUCCAUCUCUGUUAGCAUCACUGCAUAAAAGGCUUCUCGUGGAUAACACCAAUAAUGAUAGGCAGCAGGUCUGCACAGUGAGCUUCGCAAACGCAAGCAUGGGGAGGGUGCCAACGAGCCUUCGAGCACUACUGCUGAUUUGCUUGGCUUUGUUUCACCUAGUUCAGUCCUGUGCUGCUGUUUCACCAAGGCCGGAGAGAAUGAUAAGAACGAGCAGAAUCCUUUCAGAUGAGGUCCGCCAGACUAGCAGAGAGGAGGAAUUAUUGCUAGAAGAAGAAGCCAAAGGACGGAGGAGGGUGGCCAUCCAGAUGAAUGACUAUGCUCCAUCCGGUCCCAACGAUCGACACACUCCAAAGCCGCCAGAAUAGUCAGGUUAAUUAAUUAGUCGUUGUAAUAUGUAUCCUUCCCUUUGUUCUUCUGAAAAGGUAAGAAAUGAUGGUCUAAAGGAUCACCAUGUACAUCUAACGUUUCAUCUUCGACCUAGUAUUGAAUGAAUAAAACACGACUGUGUUGGUAGGAAAACUUGGUUGAUUAGCUUUUGUCAGGAAAUUAUUAUUGUUGCUUCCACUGUUGCAGGAUUUUACUUUUUCAAUUAUGUUCUUGUCAAUGAAAGACUCUGUAAAUCUUUCAAUGAAUUUAAGACACGUACAUCACGGUGAUCAUCCAAGAUAAAA